GCUGGUCCAAAAUGGCCAUAACAAUAAGCACCUAAUCAAAGACAACCACUUAUUCGCCCACUUCUCGACUUCGUCGAGGACCCUUCGGGGCCACCAGCUCUCAUCGUAAUGUAUCUCGAUGAUGAUUUACUAGUACUUUGAAGAACCGUGAAAGGCUCACAAAUGAGGAAAUAGUAUAUGUAGCGAGAGUGUUGAAAGCGUCAGCUGUUGCAUGGAGAUGGGUUGGUUGAUAGUGGCAUGUGCUGCAUACUACAAUAGUCAAACAUGAUGAAAUUAGACAUCGAACAAAGCAACAUCCUUGUGAACCACCACCAAUCCAACACCAACAUUCGAAAUAAAAAUGAUAAGCAAAGAAACCGCUUCACCGACAUCCACCUCGCCGGGUUCGGCAGCACGGUCGCCAAGAUCUCCCUGCGCACCCCACCGGGCGAUGAGAUUGGAAUACCAAUUUUCAGAAGUCCAGAAGCAAUGCCCCAGAUGAAAUGGGGCCCGGAGACAGAUACUUGGUCUUUUGACGCAACGGUACAAAUCAACCCCUUCUCACUAACCUUUUUAGUCGAGAAAGGGCUAAUUGAUAUGAACCACGUGGGUAAUGUCUGAAAGUCACUAAGUGAUGAAGAAAGGUGUAGUUCGUUUGUAAGAGAAGUAUUAUCAUUGCUUGUAGUGUGGUCGUAACGAUCGUUUCUAGCCAUAUGUCCUGUCCUGUCCUGUCCCAUUCCAGAUCCCA